UUUUUAUUGGAGUUUUAGGAAGGGAAGUAACAAACCAACCACCGCUUGACUGAGUUUCCAAUCACGGAGACACGCUUUUCUUGCAGGCUUGUUGGUUGGAGACUGCAGUAAAAGUAGUUGUCUCCCUAAUCCUUAAAAAUUCUCUUAAUUUCCUUCUUUUUUUAUUUGAAUUUCCAUUUCUCUGUUUUUUUUUUCACAAUUACAUCGCAUUCUUCGUUUUGCUCCUUUUGCUUCCCAUAAGAAAUAGACAGCUUGUGGGAAUUGUAUACAAUCUGGGUAUUGAUCGAAACAGAUAAAGAAGGAGAAAUUCGAUGUGGGUAUCGGGUAUCUUGGCUCUCAAUGGAAAAAUUUGAUGUGGGUUGUGGUUAUUCUUAUUGAAAAAAUAACGGAAUUUGAGGUUAAAAAAGUUGAAGUUCUUGUUGCCUUGUUUUGUCGAAGGUCCAGAAUUCUUUUACAAGGAAUCUUUGAGCGGUCACAUUCGGAUUGAUUUUUUAAUGAGUGAUUCUGAUGUGGGUAGCUUUUCUUUUGGUGAGAAUUUAGGAUCUAUGUACAGGGAGAGAGCAGGGUUCUUCCCAUUUUUCUAUUAAUCUUGUUGGGUUUUGCUUGAGGUUAGUGAGAUAUCCAAGCAUCUAUUCAAUUCUCUUGUAUGUAUUAUUGAAAAUACCGGUAUAGGUUGUGAUUAGUUUGGGUAAAGGUUAAAGAAUUUUGUGCAGAGUGAAAGAGAGAGAAAGACAGGCCUGAGUUUUAGUUUUAUUCGUUUUUUUCUGUAAAAUUCAUGGAUGAACUGCUUGAGUAGUAAAAAAUUAAGGGAUUUUUUCGGGAGGGGAAACCAAGUCCUUGUUUUUCUUUCUUGUAUAGUUGUAUAUUGUUUUGGGUUGUAAUCGUUGAAGAUCAUGAGAUUUCUGAGCAUCAUGGGCAAUUCCUUUGGAUGCUCUGCGUCCGGGGAGAGGCUGGUUUCCGCUGCAAGAGAUGGGGAUCUUCAGGAAGCUAAGGCUUUAUUGGAAUAUAAUCCACGUCUGGCGAGGUAUUCCACCUUUGGCGUUCGUAACUCUCCCCUCCAUUACUCUGCAGCUCAGGGCCACCAUGAGAUUGUGUCUCUCUUGCUGGAAUCUGGAGUGGAUAUUAAUCUCAGGAAUUAUAGAGGGCAGACUGCUUUGAUGCAAGCAUGUCAACAUGGACACUGGGAAGUUGUUCAGACACUGAUGCUUUUCAAAGCAAAUAUUCACAGACAGGAUUAUCUUAAUGGGGGUACAGCACUCCAUUUUGCUGCCCUUAAUGGGCACUCUCGAUGCAUCCGGCUACUUCUUGUGGAUUACAUUCCUAGCAUUCCUGAUUUUUGGAAUAUUCUAAGGAAAAGAUCUGCUAAAGGAGAACAUAAGAUGGAAUUUGAUGAAGGUGCUCUCUCAAAGGUAAUUAAUAAUCCUGCUGAUGGAGGUAUUACAGCCCUUCAUAUGGCAGCAUUGAAUGGGCAUGUUGAGAGCGUACAGUUACUUUUGGAUUUAGGAGCCUCGGUUUCUGAGGUUACUGUGGAAGAUGGAACAACAAUUGACCUGAUUGGUCCAGGAAGCACACCACUUCAUUAUGCUGCUUGUGGUGGAAGUGCACAAUGUUGUCAGGUUUUGAUUGCUAGGGGUGCCAGGGUGAAUUCUGAAAAUGCCAAUGGAUGGACUCCUUUGAUGGUGGCCAGAUCGUGGCACAGAGACUGGCUUGAGGGAAUUUUAAGCAGACAGCCAGAAGGCCGGCCACAAAUUCUUCCUUCACCAUAUCUUUCUCUCCCCCUUAUGAGCAUUGUUAAAAUUGCCAGGGAAUGUGGAUGGAGGAGCAGUGAUUCACAACCCACGUGCCAUGACCCAUGUGUUGUUUGUUUGGAGAGGAAAUGCACAGUAGCUGCUGAAGGUUGUGGUCAUGAGUUCUGUACUCGGUGUGCCUUGUACCUCUGUUCCACCAACAGCACCUCUACUGUUGCACAUGGACCUCCAGGCUCAAUCGCAUGUCCUCUUUGUCGACAUGGUAUAGUUUCAUUCACCAAGCUUCCAGGCACUGGCCCAGUAAUUAAAGAGAUUGCAAGGACAAGCUUAUCUUUGUCCCUAUGCACAUGCUCGGGUGAAAAAUCAGACCCCACAAUGCCAAACCAAUUCUGCAAGCCUGAUUUCCAUUUCACCCGGAUUUCACCUCUAGGCUCAUCCUCCUUCAGAACGCUCAACUGCCAACUGUUCCAAUCAGUGAAGCUCAAUUCAAGCCUUUGCCUGGGAGCUCCGGACACUAGCCCUUCGCUAAUUCCUUGUUCCACCAAUAGGAGCCUACAGAACCAAGUGAGCAGGUGUUCAAGACCGAACUUGAGACGAUCAGCUUCUCACAGCGAGGGUAGAAGGUCUUGGCUCUCUGCAUUCAAUCAAUACGUUCUAACAGGCAGUGGAGGCUGAAAUUUUACUACUAUAAAUUACUCUUUUCUGUCACAAUGUUCCUUGGUAUUUCAAAAAGAUUGAACUGCUGUGUUUUUUUUUUUCCUUGCAGGUUUGUAAAUAUAGAAAUAUCUAUUACCAUGUAUACAAAUCAAAAUUCCCUAGUCAUUCAGGCAUAUUGUUAA